AUGUGCACCAUCUGAUAAAUGAAAAUCUGCUACUUUUUAGGAAAUUUAAUGUUUAAAAAUUAAUAAUUAAAUAAUAAUUCAAGUAGAUCGAUAAAUAAUUGUCAUUUUUAUUCAUUAACAAUUUGUUUUUUAUUCAUUAAAAAAAUUUUAAUCCUGAAAUAAUAUAAAUCCAUCAGCAUCUGCAGAGAUGAGUUUUGGCUUUGGAGAGCUGCUGGAAAAUUUUACAAUCGGCCUGACACUAAUCCUCCACUUAUCCGGAUUGUCAGCAUGUCAGUGCAUGGUUAGAAGCAAAUCCACGAAAGGAGUCCCAUACUUGAUUUUUAUAUUCUCCACAAUUAGUUGCAUAAUCAUGAUAAAAUAUGCUUGCAUAUUGGAACAGCCAAAGCUAAUAUUCUUGAAUUCAGUGGGCUUGGUCCUCUAUGUUAUCUACAUAUCAUUGUAUCUCAUGUAUGCUGAUAACAAGGCAUACGACCUAGCAAUAUUAGGCUCUCUCCUAGCAGUCCCUAUCUCUCUUUUAUUCUUCACCUCCGGAUGGAUAAGUGCCAACAAUGGUGGUGAUAAAAAUGGAGAUGGUGAUGCCAGCGGUAAGGGAGAUGUGCUGAAUGUUCUUGGCAGUGCGCUUACCAUCAAUGCACUCUUCCUUAUAUCUAUCCCUUCUAUUGAAGUGUAUCACAACUUAGUGAACAGAAACAGAGAAGGCAUGCCGUUGGUGAUGAUCAUUUCAGGAUUAGCUUGUUUCAUAUCAUGGCUAGCCUAUGGAAUUAUGCUGAAUGAUAUCUUCAUUUAUCUCCCGAACGGAAUUGGAAUGAUGGUGCAGGCUUUGAAGUUGUAUGCGUUCGUCGCGUUUGAUGAUGACGGUGGGGACGAUGUUGGAGAAGGAGGAGGGGGAGGAGGUGGGGGUGGAGGGCGUGGUGGUGCUAGAAAGAAGAAGAAGUAGUGAGGAUAUGAUGAUGAUGGUGAUGAUGAUUAUGGUGAAGAUGAUUAUGGUGAAGAGAAGGUAGUGGUGAUGUUUUUACUGUCAGCUGCUACUGAUGAUGAAGUAAAUGAUGAUGAAAAUGAUGAUGAUGAUAUAGAAGAUGAUCUCAAAUGUUUCUCGAAAGUGAUGAAACUUUAAACAGGAGUGACGCACCGACACCUCGCGCUCCCUUAAGGUCGUCUGUCGCUUCGUCAGUCUAGCAAUGGACAUUUAAAAAUCGAAGUAUUUGCCAUGCUUCGUGAUACAUUUUAUUUGCGAACCCAAUUUGUGUGAGUUAUAAAAUACUGUUACUGCUACUAUUAUUAUUAUUACUACUGCUGCUGCUGUUGCAGUUACUACCGCAGCUAACGCAGUUAAUUUUUGUACUGUAAUUAUAAUUGCUUGUCUGAGGUAAUGUCUGGCGUCUGUCUGGCAGAAAGAACUAACUUUUUGAUUUCGUUUUUUAAGAAUUAUUUAAAAUGCCACAAAAUGAUAUAUUAUUCAUCAUUUUUAUCAGUUUUUUAUAGAAAUAAUUAACAAUAGAAGUUAAAUUUUAGAAUGAACCUAUAGAUAAGACUGUCUCAAAGAUACAUAGCAUGAGUGCAUGCAUGCGCACAUCUGUCAUUUUAUUCAAACGAUUUUUUUUUCUGCGGGAGAUAAACUAUAUUUGUUAUAUUUUAUUAUUAAUUAUAAUAAUAAUUAUUAUAUACGUACAUAUAUAUAUAUAUAUAUAUUAUUCAGUUAUUAUUUUCAUUAUUAUUUUUGUUAUUAAAAAAUCAAGUUAACUUACUAUGGCGAAUUUUCUUUGGAGCUGUGAUGUCUGUAUUUUACAACUUUAAAUAAUAAUUAAUCAUAAUAGUAAUCAUUAUAAUAAUUAUAACACAAUUAUAUAAAUUGGUUGCGACUGAAUUUUGGCGCAUUCUGCAACAUCCGCAUCAUUCGCAUACACUCGCGUACAAUAAAUAAUGUACAGUGCAUACGUAUUGUACACACACACGCGUCCACAUCCAUAUAUAGGUAUCGGCGUAUUUAAGGCAGUAUGUUUUCUGAUUACAUAUUUUGUUGAAUUUCAUUCCAUCGAGUUCAACAAAAUAUAGGUACAUAUAUAUAACAUAUAAAUAUAUAUGCUGGAAGGAGACCAUAUUUUAUACGGUAUUGUAUAAAUUCUAACGAGUUGUUGACAUUAAUCAAUUUUUAGUUUGACUUUUCAAUUUACCUAACAAGAAUUUUCUGGACAUUGUUCAA